AUGAAUCUGAUCAAACAAAAUGCUUUGCUUCUGUCAUCUAAUUUGGUGACAACGUCUUUUCAAGAUGAGAAACGCGGUAUCAACGUGGGAAUGCUGCUGAUUGAAGAGCUGCUUGGAGGGUUUCGCUAUUGCAUUUGCCUAUGUAUUGAGCUCUACUCGGGUCGAUCUGUCCUGUUUGUUCUUGAUGUUGGAAGCAAGACAUACCAAAAGGGUCCACCGAUAAGUGCGAUAAUGGUUGUUGAAAAGUGA